UACUCUCUUCUUCGUGAACAGAGAUACAGACACCCAAUCUGAUUCCUGCCUUGUGUAGAUAAAAACAUUUAGCAAGGAAUGUUUAGAGAAAAAGGAAUAAAUUGGUAGAGGAGACUGAAGCCAUUGGGCAGGACCAGAAAUUGGCAACAGAGGUGAUGGGUUUUAAAUCUGUGGAAGAAGAAUUAAGCCCUGAGUUCCUCAAGCGAUUAGACCCAGUGGAAAUCCAUGGAAUCCCAUUACACAAGGGCACUGCAGAAAGGUGGCACCUCAUAUCAGAAUUUAAAGCUCAGCCUGAUGAUCUUGUCAUCUCCUCUUACCCCAAGUCAGGGACCACCUGGAUACAGGAAAUUGUGGACAUGAUUCGGCAUGGAGGUGACCCCCAGAAAUGCGGAAAGUCCCCCAUCUACAAAAGGAUGCCCUUUCUGGAAAUGCCACAUGCUGCUGUGUCAUACAUGGAAGAGAUAGAGACCAUGCCUUCUCCACGGACAAUCAAAACCCACUUACCAGUCCAGCUCCUGCCGCCUUCCUUUUGGGAACAAAACUGCAAGGUGAUAUAUAUGGCCAGGAAUCCAAAAGACAAUGUCCUUUCCUAUUUCCACUUCCAUCGCAUGAAUCAGACAUAUCCAGACCCUGUAACCUGGGACCACUUCCUGGAGAAUUUCCUUGCAGGAAAAGUGCUGUGGGGCUCUUGGUUUGACCACGUUCAUGGUUGGUGGGCAGCUAAGGACCAUCAUCCAAUUCUCUACCUUUUUUAUGAAGACAUGAAAGAGGACCCAGGCCGAGAAAUUCAGAAAGUAGCCACGUUCCUGGGCUUUGAAUCCCCUGAACCAGUUGUGAACAAGAUCAUCCAGCAGACAACCUUUGAGAGUAUGAAAGCAAACCCAAUGACCAAUUAUAGCACUCUGCCUUCUUUUAUUUUGGAUCAAACUGUGACACCCUUCAUGAGAAAAGAUUCCCAUCUGUUCUCUAUCCAUCCCUCUGGGAGCUGUGAAAAGGAAAGAGUGCACAAAAUGGCUUGCUUUCUGUGAAAUGGGUGCUAUCCUUUUCGAAAAUGUGUAUUUGGUAGGAUCACAACAUAGGAUUCAAAAGACUGUGUCUGCAUUUUGUAUUACCUAUAUCUUACAAUCAGGAUCUUGGACAAGUCAACCUGUCCCUCAAUCUCACCAGUUCACCUUCUGUGAAAUGUAUCCCCCCACAUACACACUGUGCCUAACUAUGCCUACCACAUCAGAUAUUUUAUGGAUACCCUCUUCCCUCCCAUGACAUCCAUAACACUCUUUUGCAAGUCCAAAUGUGCCUAUGGGUCCUCCAAAGCCAAGAACAUCAUAACCAGGAAUGUUUCCCAGAAAAAGUUAUAACAGCCCGUUCCAUGCCUUGGAUCAUCUGCCUUGGAUUUGGUGGUCACCAAUACAUCCCUUAAAAGUUCUCAGUAGAACAGUUGACUACGUCUGAGCUCUGCUGUUUCAAGAAACUAUAGGAUUGUCAGAUGUGCUUCUGCUAAAACAUCUUUUGGCUGCAGUUUGCUAAAGACUUUGUAAAGCAUAAGAUGGAGCUGUAGCACUUAAAGUGGUGUCAAACUGCAUUAUCUCUACAGUGUAGAUGCACUCUGAUUUCAAAAAGCAAAGGUAGUUUCCACUCAGAUAACUCAGUGGGGGGAGAGGGGGAGGAGAGGGUGGAAUCUUUCUUUUUUCAGAUGGCUCAGACAAAAGCAAAUUGCUACAGCCUCUCUUAGUUUGUCUGUUCUUCCUCACUGUUAACGUAUCUCGACCAUACGUCUAAUGUUGCUUGGUCACUUGUGUCCAAGUUUUCAUAUGUACAUCUGGCUUGCUGCAACGAGGGAAGUACUGUACAGUAUUCUUCUUUUUGCCAUC